AUGGAAUUCACAUUGCUUUACAACAGGAUCUACAAUUACUGUACUCUAUGGACCGACGAAACGGGUAUGCUGAUUCAGGACGUUUCGCCAACUUCAAUGGCUGUUGGGAUUCGUCGUAAUCUCUCGGUUGGGAUGAUAUACGUCAUAAAGUUCUUUGCCCUGAGCAAUCCGUCGAAUCAGUAUCGGUCGUGUUCUAUUGAUUUGGCUUUGGGCCUUUCGCCUUUGACUUCUUUCUUGCCCUGUGCUCUUCCUGCUGAGAGUUUCCCGGUUGAUGCUUACGAGUUUGUGGUUUUCUCCCUGUUGGGUGUUCGUGCCGGUAAUCAUCGUUACUUGACAGAUGUUGUUGGCCGGCUCCAUUUGAUCAGUGGGAUAUUGCACAAGAUCACAAAUAACGGCUCGGCUGUCAAGCAAACGGUUAUUAUUGAGGAUGAAAGUGGAUCGAAGAUCUCGAUUACCCUCUGGGAUGAGUUUUCAGCGGUGUUGGAUCAUGUUGCUCUCACUCAGGCUGACUCGAUUGAAGCUGUGAUAUUGGCAUUUGGCGGCUUGCUGGUUAAUAAGCUGGGGGAUGAUUAUGUCCUGUCGAGUUCAGCCGCUACUCGCAUAGAAGUCAACCCUUCAGUACCUAAGGCUUAUUAUCUUGCAUCUAGGUUUGCUGAGAAACAUGAGACUGUUGCAUCCUUGCCAGUUGAGUUUGCUACUGCUGCUGAUGCUACAACUGAUGCUGAUCGUCGCACCAAGACUUUGGGGCAGUUGUUGGCCUUAUCUAGGACAAAUUCCUCGCUGGUCAUCCCUCUUGAUGAUCCUACGGUGGUGGGUGAUUUGCUUGAGUUUUCUUCGCCUCGUCCGUCGCCCUCUCCCUCUCUGGGUGCGGUGAGUAGCGUGGGAGGCCCAUCAGGUUCAUCGAGGUUGGCUGCGAAGGGAAAGGAAAAAUUUUCAGAUUCUAUCCCCAUUGAAGCUCCAGCUGUGCCAUUUAACAUCGCUGACCAACAAGAUCUGAUUGAGAAAUUUCCCAGCCCUGCGACCAGAAUUUUGCGGGAUCCUAUUCCUGCUAGUGUCGGAAGCGAGGAUAUUGAUGCUGGGUCGCGGAUUCUCGGAGAUUCUCAGCUUUCAGUGAUGGGUGUACAUGUGGGGUCCAUCCUGCCUACUGCGACUGUGACCGCGUCUUCUACAGUCCAAUCCAGUGGUCCAUUUGUCCAGUCUGCUACUUCGAUGGUCCCCAAGCGAUCAGUCAGGAUUGAUGAGUCAGUGAGUCCUCAAGAUGUUGGUCGUGAUUCAUCUAUGCCUGCUUCGAAGAUUCUGAAGCCAUCCCCGGAAUCAUCUCCUGGGAAGCCCUUAGGUUCAACCGCCAACUCGCCUUCGGCAUCGCUGUUGGUCUCUCCACUCGCCAGGAUAAAAGUGGAAAAAUUGGAUGUUGCCGAUGUUGCUCAAGUCCCACAUGGUGGUUCCUCGCAGGCAGGUGUUAGUAUGGAAAGGGAUUCUUGA